AUGAGCAAAGCUGCGGUUUCACGUCCACGCGUGUAUGUUCGGAUUCGGCCCCUAAAUGAACGGGAAAAACGGGAAGGGAAUGGCGAACUUAUUUGUCACGGUGACCAGCGUAUGCGUGACACACUUUUUGUUAGAAAAGACGAAAGUGGUGCUGAGUUGCAAACGCGUUUCGAUUGUGUGUUCGACCGCGACGCAACGCAGGCAAAUAUAUUUGAUACAAUUGGGCCAGAAGUGCUCAACACACUCUUCAGUGGUUAUAAUGCCUCAAUAUUUGCAUACGGCCAAACGGGAAGUGGGAAAACAUAUACCAUGGAGGGGGAUCACAGUAAACCGGAGCGCCUUGGAGUCACCCCACGGCUGGUACGCGCUAUAUUUGAGCGGUUCAAGGGAAACCCAGAUAUUAGUCGGCCCGUAUGUGAGGUGAGUUUGGUUCAAAUAUACCAGGAGAAAAUACAGGAUCUGCUAGCAGGGCAGAAGCAGCUGGAAAUACACAUGGAUCGUACAGGGCAGUAUAUAGCACGUGACGCUACGUGGACACGUGUCCGUAGUUUAGAAGAGAGCAUGAAACUGUACAAAAAGGCUUCGGAGAUGAGGACGACAUCAUCAACAGAUAUGAAUCUUGUCUCAUCCAGAAGUCACAUGAUCAUGAUGAUGAAGCUCCAGUGGGAUGAGCCGUCACUGCCGGGUUCCCACGCACAGCUGAACCUUGUUGAUCUUGCGGGGUCAGAGCGUAUAGCACUUUCCGGUGCCACUGGGGAUCUCAUGAAGGAGGCUAUACAUAUUAAUAAAUCUCUCAGUGCACUUGGGAAUGUUGUGUCUAAACUGGUAGAGCAAGCCAAGCAUAAGGGUCGUCGUGUCCAUAUUCCAUAUAAGGACAGUAAACUUACAUACUUGUUGCAGUCCAGUAUAGGUGGAUCAAACCUCAUUCAUUUCAUACUGGCGGUUUCAUGCAGUGCGCUCUGGCGUUCAGAAACCAACUCAACGAUUGAAUUUGGCAAGAGAGCGCUGCAACUAGUGUUGCGGCCGGUACGAAAUGCUAUUGAUUACACGCGCUUGGCCGAGAUGGAGGAAAUGAUUGAGCGUAUGCGGUCUCACAUUGCCAGUUUGGAGGAAGCCCUGCGUGACAAGAGUAGUGAGGCCGCGGAGUUCCUUAAAUUAAAACAAAUUCCUCAAGAUGGCGAUGAAGGGCCCGGGAAGUUCAGUGACAGUAGAGGUCGGAGACAACGAAAGAAGCUCAAGAUGCAGACGGAACUGGCACGUAUUAUGGCGAAUUUGCCCGAGACGUUUGAUGACCUCACUUCUCACUGCGUUUUAUUCCCUGAGUCGAAGGGAAGUUUUCGUGAGUUGGGGGGUUUGCAGCACCUCGUUCAUUUCGUUGAUCGCUCCGCCUCGACGUUUUACCGCUCCAACGCCGCGCAGACGAUCGCAAGUGUCUUAGAUGACAAGGGACGUGACAUGUUUGUAGAAAUUGAUGGUGUUGAGGCAUUAACACGGCUCUUGCAUAUAAAGGAGGAGCGCUGUAAAGAGGCUGCUUGCGUAGCACUGGAGGCGGUAUGCCGUGGUUCGUUGAAGAAUAAACAAAGCCUCUCCCCAGCUGUUUACACAGAACUGGUCGACUUAAUAUACAGUUACCCGAAUCAGCAGGUUCAAGAGGCAGCCUGUACCGCUGUCGCUACCAUUGUCGACCUGUACCCGGAGGCACGCCGCACAUUUGAGCGACUUGAUAUCGUUCCGAAACUACUUGAAACAAUUCGGAACACGCCGGAGGAGGUGGUAAAUCUUAUAAAGUCUGCAACUAACUGUAUUGGUCGCCUGUCCCAUGGAGACCCCGAAAUGCAGGAUGUGAUAGCGUCUUUCGGAGGUAUUGACCUACUUAUUGAUGUCUUAUUCAGUAACGCAGGGACGCGCGAUCAUCAGGUACCCAUACUCGCCUCUUACGCACUCGUGAAUCUGUGCUGCAGCAAUGAGCAAAAUCUCGAUAUCGCACAGGACCAUCCACGUUACGGUGAGGUUAAAUUCCGUCUUCUGGAGGGUCUCGCAAGAGCAUUUGGUGUUAACACGGCACGUGAAGGAUUUGGUCGAGCGACAGCGCAUGAAACGGGUUCACCGUUCCCGUACUAUGGUGUGACAAUUGUGGACAAAUGGUCAUUCACUUCAUCUGGUGGCCGGCCGAUCUUUUCUACCUUCAUGGAUAACCCACAGUUUUAUCUCUAUGUGAGCAGACCCACUGACGUCGCGUUUAUGAUUCAGGACGUUUUGUAUGAAACUCGUAUGCUCAAAAAGAAGAAGAAUAAUACGGUUUAUAUGGGGCUUGCCCUCUUUGAAGGAGAUCCCGAACUCGCCAAAGCGGGACUGAAGCAGGUAGAUUUCCACGGCCGCAUGGUUGAAAUUGGAAAAUACACAUCAAAUUGUGAAAACGUCCUCCACUGCACCUUGCAGCCAAGUGAAGUACCGUACGUUGUCGUUCCCUUCACAAGCCAGCGAGGACGCCAAACAGAAUUCGCACUAUCCGCAUUUGCAGAUAGUUCCAUUGAAUUAACUGCAGUUCCUGAGCAGGUAGGCUGGGUCCGCACGGUGUUAGAUGGUUGUUGGACAGAAUUCACUGGCCGCGGUGGUGAUGGAUUCGAUUGGCGAUGCAACCCGCAAAUUUCUAUUCAACCGAAAGAAAACUGCCGCUGCGUGUUUGUGCUUUCGUACCUCUCACUUGAUCAGCAGCGGGCCUAUUCACGUGACGAGGAGGCGGAGGAGCAAAAUACACGCCCCAGAUUGUACGGCCGGCUUUUCACUAACAGUAACGGUGAGAAACGGUACCUAAAGGCACUUGUUCCUCUCCCGCAGAAGUCCACAUUUGUUGCUAGCAACAGUUUUGCAAGCAACAGCUAUAUCACAACUUCGGCUAACCUCACAGCCGGUGAAUCAUACACUUACAUACCCUUCACAGAAACGCCUUACGAGGACACGUGGCGCCUCUCUGUUUAUUGCGAUACGGACGAUGUCGCUAUCGCCCCCAUUAAUGGAAGCAAGUCCGAAUGGUAUUGCACAACUUCUUCGGGCGAAUGGGCGGGUAAACCCCUUUCUAUUCAGUUAGACACAAAGGGAAGGAUGGUUGCGGUUGCCAGCAGCCCAGGUUCGUUUCUCCGCGUGCGGCUUUUCAAUGCCAAGGGAAAGAAGCUAGAGGGUAUUGAUGCGUACUGGAAUGCGGAGGCGUCUGUGGAAUACAAAAGUCAGGGAGCCGUUACCGUGCAAGUAGAGGGAAUGGUACGUACGGAAAAUGGCCAGGAACCGGCACGUGGCCUGAAAGUAGAUGUGUUCAUUUUUACGGAAAACAAGUGUACAGUCCAACAUGUGGACUUUCCCGCUUCGCCAAGCAGUUUAUUACAUCCGACAAAAACAACACCUAUAGAGCUUCUGCGCUACCCGGUUGAGGUGGUCGAAAACGACGCCCCCUUCGCCACUUUGGAUCAGACGGAUGACGAUGAGGAAGACGCAACCUGCGAUGAAGAUGAUAGUUAUGAAAGCAAGGAAUUGGAGUUGAAAGAAACCCUUGAGAGGCGCAAUACCGAGAAUGCCAAACUGUUGGACCGUAUUGCCGAGCAACAGCGUGAACUGCAGGAACUGCGAAUGCUUCAGAAUAUGCUACCCUCUAGUGCAACACAUAAUGAGAGUCCUGGUAGCGGUAGUCCUAACGACACGAGGAUAAACAGUGGAAUGAAUCAAGUGAAUUCAAAGAAGGAUAACAUAUCGAGGAAAGGUGAUAGGAAUGGUGCCGCUGCCUCUUCAAAUGGUUCUCCCGUGAGUUCGAAAGCCAUAUCCCCGUCUCAUUUCCCACAAAGUGGUGGUGGAGGCGUUUCGCGGUCCAUGAGGGAGGCAAUUGAGCGAUCACUAGUGACACUCAACCGCCUUGAGUGUCACACCGAACCUCCAAAAGCUGGGGAAUGGGGUGCUAUACGCAACGAGGUGAAGGAGCUCCGUAAGCUACUCGGCCUUGCCCUUAGCCAGGAAAGUCUUGUUAGAACUUAA